AAACAGGCGGUGGUUGCUAUUGGUGGUUCCGGUGGUUGCUUUUCUGGUUUGGGCGUGGUGGCAUCAUGGAGCACAUCCGCACCACGAAGGUUGAACAGGUAAAAUUACUGGACCGAUUCAGCACCAACAUCAAGUCACAAACAGGAACUCUUUACCUUACAGCAACUCACUUGUUAUUUAUAGAUUCCAGCCAGAAAGAGACAUGGAUAUUACACCAUCAUAUUGCUGCGGUGGAGAAACUGGCUUUGACUACUACUGGCUGCCCCUUAGUGAUUCAGUGCAAGAACUUCAGAAUAGUUCACUUCAUUGUUCCCAGAGAAAGAGACUGCCAUGAUAUUUAUAACUCUUUGCUUCAGCUGUCAAAACCAGCAAGGUACGACGAAUUAUAUGCCUUUUCAUAUAAUCCGAAGCAAAACGAGGAAGAGAGGGUGCGAGGCUGGCAAAUCAUUGACCUAACAGAAGAAUAUGGUCGGAUGGGUGUGCCUAACUCCGAAUGGCAAUUAUCAGAUGCAAACCACGAGUAUAAGGCUGCCAUUUGCAGAUGUAGUCAGCCUCUCUCAGGAUUCAGUGCCAGAUGUCUGGAGGAUGAACACAUGUUGCAAGCAAUAAGUAAAGCUAAUCCCAAUAACCACUAUAUGUAUGUCAUGGACACCAGACCAAAACUGAAUGCAAUGGCCAAUAGAGCAGCAGGUAAAGGCUAUGAAAAUGAAGAUAAUUAUUCCAACAUUAGAUUCCAAUUUGUUGGUAUUGAAAAUAUCCAUGUAAUGAGAUCAAGCCUGCAAAAGCUUCUGGAAGUUUGUGGAACAAGAGGCCUCUCAGUCAAUGAUUUUCUCUCAGGCUUGGAGAGCUCUGGAUGGCUGAGACACAUCAAAGCAGUGUUGGAUGCUGGUAUCUUCUUAGCUAAAGCUGUAGCUUUUGAGAGCGCAAGUGUAUUAGUACAUUGCUCUGAUGGCUGGGACAGGACAUCUCAGGUCUGUUCCUUGGGUUCUCUAUUAUUGGAUCCCUUUUACAGAACAAUUAAAGGAUUCAUGGUUUUGGUGGAAAAAGACUGGAUUGCUUUUGGACACAAAUUUUCAGAUAGAUGUGGACAACUGGAUGGUGACCCAAAGGAAAUAUCCCCCGUGUUUGCCCAAUUUUUAGAAUGCGCCUGGCACCUGACAGAGCAGUUUCCACAGGCCUUUGAGUACAAUGAAGCUUUUCUCCUUCAGAUCCAUGAGCACAUCCAUUCAUGCCAGUUUGGAAACUUCAUUGGAAACUGCCAAAAAGAACGAGAAGAACUCAAAUUGAAAGAGAAGGCUUUUUCCCUGUGGCCUUUUCUUUUGGAUGACCGCAGGAAAUACCUAAAUCCAAUCUACAAUGAACAUUUUUCACAGUCACUUUCAGUUCUGGAGCCGGAUACAGUCGCCUUUAAUUUUAAGUUUUGGAGAAACAUGUAUCAUCAGUUUGAUCACACAAUGCAUCCCCGGCAAUCUAUACUGAGCCAUGUGAUGAGCCUGAGUGAGCAAAAUAAACAACUGGAGAAAGAUAUUAAAGAAUUGGAAAAUAAAUUGGGCCACCAUUUACGCAAGGAUUUGGAUGCUGUCUUUGCGAAGGAGUCUGUCUGUCCCGUGUCACCAGGAGUUAAAACCUCACUCUGCUUUAAGAAGGAGCAGCCUCUCUUACAUGAGAAUGACUGCAUUCGGACAAUAGAGGGCUCCAACACAGCAGACAAUCGAUACAUGGAGUACAUGGAAGAGUUCUCCAAAACAGAGCCUAGUGUUGUCAGCCUGGAAUAUGGAGUGGCAAGAAUGACCUGUUAAAUGUCACACAAAGCAGUUCUGCUUUUCUGAAAAGAUUGAAGUUCAGGACAGGGCAUUGUGAGUCUGAUCUCUUGGAAUGUAACCAAAAACUAAUGUGUGCAAUGGAGAGCUUCAUUAACGUAGACUAGAGUGCACAUUAGUUUUGAAAAUGUCAUCCUUGUAAGAGGUAAUUGAAUUUAACAAUGUUGAAAAAAGGAUAUGAAGACCUUAGGAAACCUUUUGUGGGGAAUUGGGGAAAUGAAAGCCGAACAUCACAAUAAAUUAUAGCUACACUAGCUUAUUCCAAAGGUUCACCGGUUUUGGUCCCUAUGGAGCCACAGUUAAAGUAAACCCAUUGAAAUUAGUGAGAUUUAAACAAGCCAAGAUUUCAGUGAAUCAACUAACAUAUGACUAUGUCUAAUUCACCCAGUGUGAUCAUUGCCAAACAGUAAAUGAUAUUUGAAUGUUUCCUUUUAGGAUACAGACAAUUUACUGGGAUCAAUGAACAUCUGUAUAUAAAUGUAAAGUAUGUGUGUGUUCCUGUUUAAUCUAUUGCCUGUUACAGUAUUUUCAGUGAUAUCUACAUCAUUAAUUAGUAUCAAGGUAGUAAGAACAAUAUUCAAAUAUAUGUGUUCUCAUGUUUUGAGAGCAGCUCAUUUAGAAUAUCUAAAAUAUGCUUAGUGACUUCUUUAAAUUAUUCUCUUUCAAAACAAUACCAUGAGGUUCACGCCAGUAAUUUUGGAGUAUUAAUUUCUUGUAAUCAGUUUUAACCCAUUACAAAAGUAAGAAACCUUUUUUUUCUCUCUCUCUCUCUUUACUUUAUGAUAAAGUUCUAGUUAGAAAGAAAACGUUUUUUAAAAAAGAAAUAUUUCCUACCUGGUUAAUAAGUUAAAAUGGCAGCCCCAAGGCUGUGUACCUUCCAUAUACUUCUGUCCAACUAAUGGAAGCACAGUUCAGUUGAUAAAAUGGGUAAACUAGGUGUGUCACAUGUAUUUCAGGAUUGGAGUACCCAUUUCCAAGAAUAGGCUAUAUUUCACAGUGGUCAUAUUUUUAGGCUUCUUCCAAUUAUGUAUAAAGUAACUUGAGCAUCCAGUGAAAUACAAAGUAUAAGAACCGUCCCUUUUUGAUUGGAUACAUUUGGGUUUACUCUAGGAUUUUAAUCUGUUUUGUAAAUCUGCUUUAAAAGGUGCAGCUUAAUUUGAAAUAAAAAGCUUGUUUUUCAAUCAGUAGGAUUAUCACAUUAAUGUAUUAGGUGAAUAAAUGCGAAUUACUAAUCAAGUAGCCAUUUUUGGGUAAAGGCUAAGAACAAACUAAACUUUGGUCUACAAGCUAAGAUGACUGUAGAAUCUCGGAUGUUUUGAAAAUGUGUUAAUGUUGACAUUUACUAUCCAGGGCAGUAUCCAAAGUCACAGGAAGCAGAUCUCCAGUUAAGCAGAAUGCUUAGAUAAAAGGAUACCCUGUGUAUUUGUGUGAGUAAAUCGGUGUGUUCCCAAUAUCUUUGUUUUUACUUCACCAGGAAAAAUAAUGGAUUUGCUUUAGUGGGAUCCUGUCUCUGUUUGCUUUCUCCCAAUUUGUUUUUAUUGUUCCAAUGAAGAAAAGAAAAUGAAUAUUGAAAGCUGAUAUGGUAAACAUUCAUGCCUUGGGGAUAUCAAACAUCCCAGGUGGUAUAAUAGGUAAUUUGUACCUGAGGGACCAAAUGCUUAUUACACACACAAUGAAAAUUAGUUUAGCUUUGCAGUAAUCACUGAAAGCUGUGUGAACAAUACUGCCAUCAGGCUACAUAAAACCUCACACAGUUGGCUGUCUCAUUCUAUCUUGGUUGAGAUCCAGUCACACUAAUAACAGGUGAGGAGAAUCUUACCUGGAACACUUCAAGGGUCACAUGAAGAAGGAAUAAGUGGAAAAAAUAUGCUUUUUGAUAUUGAUGACAGACCUAUUUAACUACAAAAAUUGAUUAAAAGGGGAAAACGGAAUCUCAUUUACCUAAGAUAUGGUGCAUUCUCAUGUAUUCUGUCUGUUUAGGCAUUGUGCAGAUUUUGUACAGCAGUAAUUUUGAAAAAUAUUAGGACAGAGAAAUUUGGACCUCUAAUUGUUUUUCUCUAUAGUUUUUUCCUAUAAAUUAAUAAUUGCUUGUUAUAGGAUAUACUGAAAGUAUAAGAUCAAGCAUUGUAUUACAAAUUAUUUCUUGCAACUGUCUAAUUAAAAAAAUACUUAUGUGUAGCUACAUUAAUCUUGCUGAACAGUUAUAAAAGUGACUUCUUGAAUGAUCUUGAAUAGUAGAAAUGCAGGUCUUUGGGUAUUUCAUGUCUCAUAUAAAAUUAUCUGCCUAUAUUUGUUUUACAUUCCACUUUUCCAUCAGUAACUGAAGAUAUACAUAGUGCUCCCUAUUUCCCCCCACAACAACCCUGUGAAAUAGGUUGAGUUGAGAGAAAGUUUCUGAACCAAAAUCACCCUUUGAUAGCUGAGGUGGGUCAGAAUUACCUCAGCCUAAAAUCUCAACAUUACAUCCUCCCUCCCUUGCUCCCCGUCCUACUGAGGAUAUAGGAUGCAACAUAAACCUUGUGAGGAAUAAGACUAGCAAAUGUAGUCCACAAAACAACGUAUGCUAGGAUACCUUAGAGUAUGACAGGAUAUCCUCCACCUGAGUAUUCUUAAUGAAUGUAAAUGUGGAAU